AUGCCAAACCUGAAACAAUACUAUCACGCAACUAUACUAAGCAGUAUCAUCCAAGCACGGCCAAGUACACGAGCACCUCAAUGGAAACACUUAGAAGCAGAAUGGGCUGAUAACGCUAGCACUGACAAUUUAGUGUGGAUACCAAAACUUAACCGACCGCAACCGCAAGACUGCCUACCAACCACAACAUUGUCACUAAAAAUAUGGGAUGAAGCCCGCCCCACCCUAACAAACAACUCAACAAUCUCUAAAGCCAUGCCACUUAAGUCACUAGCGCUCAUUAUCCCGGAUUUUAACUAUAGAAUAUGGGAAAGACAUGGCAUACAAUUCCUACAUCAGAUAAUCACCAACACGGGCCUAACGACCUUUGCCUCACUACAAGACUCCCAUAAGCUACCGAUAGUAGCGCACUACUCAUAUCGCCAAUUAGAUUCAUGGCUACGCAUACAACUUCGAGAGAACACAAUCAAUACACAGACACAAAAGAUGACAGCAUUCGAGGAAAUGUAUACCAACCCCACACCACCCCAGAAACUCAUAUCCUCCAUAUACGCAACACUACCCACAAAACACAAACUGCAUGAACACAAAUUUAUCAAAGCAUGGGAAACAGAGACCCACAAAAACUUUACUGAACAAGAAUGGGAAUAUAUGAUCCUCACUCCCAAAAACUUUUCUUUAUGUUCAAGACAUAUAGAGUUAGCCAAAAAACUAUUAUAUAGGUGGUAUCUCACGCCCAUACGACUACACAAAUACAACCAAUCACUUCCGACACAAUGCUGGAGGUGCAAAUCAGGCACAGGGACCAUGGCACACAUAUGGUGGACCUGCCCCAGCCUACAACAAUACUGGAAAGACAUAUCCAAACUCAUUACAAAUAGCACGGGAUGCUCCCUGCCUCAUGAUUUAGAACAUUACGUGCUUUUUAAUAUUCCUAAAGCGCUACCUAAGACAGAUAGGUAUCUAAUCUUCCAUAUAAAUAUAGCAGCAUUGGGAGCCCUAGCACAAAACUGGCUAUCACAGACUGUACCCUCUAUCUCCAUGUGCAUGCAGCAAAUUAGCCAGGCAGGCCAUUUCGAAACCAUAAUGAGACGGCAAAACACGCCCCCCAACAAACCACAUAAACAGCGUCGGAGGUACUGGGAAAUAGCAUGGGAUAAAUGGGAAAAAUACAAAGGUGGUACAACAGAGAACCCACAAACGUGGGCUGGCCCACGACAGACCUAA